GCGGGUGGAGCGUUCUGCGACCCCUGCGCGACCCGGCGAUCCCUGGCUGCUUCAGCCACCAUGCCGCGCUCUUUCCUCGUCAGGAAGUCCUCCGGCUCGCGCCGGAAGCCCAACUACAGCGAGCUGCAAGACUCUUCUCUAGAGUUUACCUUCCAGCAGCCUUAUGACCAGGCCCACCUGCUGGCAGCCAUCCCACCUCCUGAGGUCCUCAACCCCACGGCCUCACUGCCCACACUCAUCUGGGACUCCCUCCUGGCACCCCAAGCCCAGCCCAUUGGCUGGGCCUCCCUUCGGCCCCAGGAAAACCCCAAGGUGGCAGAGCUGACCUCCCUGUCGGAUGAGGACAGUGGGAAAGGCUCCCAGCCCCCCAGCCCCGCCUCGCCAGCUCCUUCUUCCUUCUCCUCCACUUCAGCCUCCUCUCUGGAGGCUGAGGCCUAUGCUGCCUUCCCAGGCUUGGGCCAAGUGCCCAAGCAGCUGGCCCAGCUCUCCGAGGCCAAGGACCCCCAGUCUCGCAAGGCCUUCAACUGCAAAUACUGCAACAAGGAAUACCUCAGCCUGGGCGCCCUCAAGAUGCACAUCCGAAGCCACACGUUGCCUUGCGUCUGUGGAACUUGUGGGAAGGCCUUCUCCAGGCCCUGGCUGCUGCAGGGACAUGUCCGAACCCACACCGGCGAGAAGCCCUUCUCCUGCCCCCACUGCAGCCGCGCCUUCGCUGACCGCUCCAACCUGCGGGCCCACCUCCAGACCCACUCGGACGUCAAGAAGUACCAGUGCCAGACCUGCUCCCGGACCUUCUCCCGCAUGUCUUUGCUCCAUAAGCACCAGGAGUCGGGCUGCUCUGGAGGUCCUCGCUGACCCUAGAGGCUCCUUCUGCCUCUCUAUACCUACCCUUCCCCCCCGCUGCCCCUUCCGACUCCACACGGGAGGACCCCAUGUCCUCACUGCCACGGAAUUCCCUUCUGAGCUCCCCACUUGUGGCUGCGUCAGCCCCACAGGACUUUGAUGAAGAUUGUUUCCUGAUUCAGUGAGCUCUGAAAGAGGCCUUUCCGUGGCCAUUUCUGUGGACGGCUGAUGGGAGGGCAGCUUGCCAUGGAGACCCUUCCUGGCAGCCACUGCUCUGGAGCAUUCCUGAGUUGGCCUUUCUGUGUGGGCUUGUGUAUCCAGAGCUGUUUGGAUACAGCUGCUUUGAGCUACAGGACAAAAGCCAACAGAGACUGGGAAGCUCCCAGCCCACUCAGGGGACCCCACUCUCCUACCCCCCACCCAAAGAGUCCUCAGGCCACCCUCCACGAGGUGUGACUGACUAUGCAAUAAUCCGCCCCCAGGUGCAUACAUCGGCCUGCGGGGGUGGACCCCAACAGAGGACAAGUCUAGACCCCGAGAUGCCCCUGGGCAGCUAUUUCGGCCUCCUGUUUGUCAUGGUGGCACCUGUUUGACGGGCAAUUUAACAGUGUCUCAAAAGGGACUGUGAGUAAUGGCCAUCACUUGUCAGCAGCCCAAGUGGGGCGCUUUGGCCUGACCUAUGUGUCUCCCAGAACUAUUUUGGGGGUCUGACAGGUGGGCCUGGGAGGAAGAUGUUUACAUUUUUAAAGGUACACUGGUAUUUAUAUUGCAAGCAACAUUUUGUAUUAAGGAAACAUUUUGUAUAGUUAUAUGUACAGUUUAUUGAUAUUCAA